AUGGGAGCGAACUUUGUGUUUGCCGCAGAGACUUUUACCAAGACAGAGCAGCUCAGGAAAGAGCCUCCGAAGAUCUACCGGGACGGGAGCAUUGGGCUGGGAGUGAACGACCCGCUCUUUCAGUUCCGGGAUGACGAUGGGCCCAAGCGGAGUGAGAAGUAUGAGGAGGUCGGCGUCCUCGGAACAGGUUCGUACGGGCAGGCCGUGCUGGUCCGGCGGAAAGCUGACGGCCAGAAGUUGGUCGUCAAGCAGAUUAACAUCCACGGCCUCGGAUUCGAACAACGGCUCGAGGCUAGGAACGAGGUGGAGGUUCUGUCCAAGCUGGACCAUCCCAACAUCGUGCGCUACCACGAGUGCUUCCUCGAAGCCGGAAUCCUGCACAUCGUCAUGGAAUUUGCGGAGGAGGGCGACCUCUACGGACGGAUCCAGCAGCGGGUGGUCGCCGGAAACGAGCCGUUUUCCGAGGAGCAGAUUAUGUUUUGGUUCGUCCAGAUCUGCCUCGCGCUCAAACACGUGCACUCGAAGCGCAUGCUGCACCGGGAUCUCAAGACGCAGAACAUCUUCUGCGCGGCGCAUGACAUCAUCAAGGUGGGCGAUUUCGGCAUCGCCAAAGUGCUGAGCAGCGACGGGGAUAUGGCCAAGACCGUCAUAGGCACUCCGUAUUACCUGUCGCCCGAGAUAUGCGAGGACAAGCCGUAUGAUAAGAAGAGCGACGUAUGGUCGCUGGGCUGCGUCCUAUACGAGAUGGUCACGCUUAAGCACGCGUUCGACGGGCAGGUGAGAUGGGGCGUCUUCGGAACGGUCCGCUUCUCCGCUUCUCCGCUUCUCCGCUUCCGCCCCCCCUCCACUUUCCGUCUUCCGCCUUCUCCUUCCGCUUUCAGCUUUCCACUUUCCGCCCUUCGCCCUCCGCCUUCUGCUCCUUCUUUCCGCCCUCCUCUUCCAUUUUCCGGCUCCGUUUUCCGUAUCCACCCUCCGCAACCCGCCCUCCGCCCUCUGCUCUCCGCUCCCUGCUCUCCGCUUUCCAAUCUCCGCUUCCUGCCUCCUCUCUUUCGCCGUUCUUACCACGAUUGGCAUCUCAGUGAGCUGGUGACGAGCUUGCCGGCACUGAUCAUGAAGAUAUUGCGAGGCAAGUACCCGCCCAUUCCAAACAACUACAGCGCCAACCUUAAGAACCUCAUAGCUUCCAUGCUGAAACGAGACCCAAAGCACAGGCCGUCGAUCGAAAAGAUCCUCUCGCUGCCCUUCGUCCGCUCCUCCAUUGAACGGUACUGCGACCACAUCCAACGGUUCAUAAUCAGCCAGGGUUCCGAAAACGCCGGGCUGCAGGAGAGCCUAAACCAGGACCCGAAGCCGGGUUCAGAGGACGGUUUAGGAGGCGGUUUGGACGGCGGGUUAAGAGAGAUGAACGGAACGCUAGAGGCAAUCAAGGAGGGAACCUUGGAAGGGACCGCGUUUUCCGGAAUAUCAGAGAAGCGAACGGCGACGAUCGCGGGGUCGGAAAAAUCAGCGGUGGAGAUGACGGGUCCGGAGAAACCGACCGUAGAGAUUGAUGGCGCGGACACAUCGACGGCGGCGAUUGAGUCUCCGGAGGGUCAGCGGGCGACAAGCCCGGGGAGUGACAAGUUGGCUAAAGCGCGCGCGCUCGCGCGGCAGAAGAGCGCGGGGCGCAACCAGGAGUGGCUCGCGCGCCAGGGCGCGCAGCUGGAGGUGCUCGCGCAGCAGACGGCGCAGCUGUCCCCGGGGGAGAGCGGGGCAGCCCGGAGCAGUGGCGAAAAGGCAAUUCCGUCUCCGAGCCAGCGCCCGAUCCGCGACCUGUUCUCCGAACUCGUCGAAGAGCAGCUGAGCGCAGUUCCUUCCCCUUCGGGGGGGUCAAACGCGCGCGCACAACCACCCCCUUCUCCGGGGCAGCGCCCCGGAAGCGCGAAACUGGGCGCGCGCGCGGCGUUGCAGGUCGGGGCGGCGGUCAGGAAGGCGCGAGCGACGCGCGCGCAGACGGAGGCGGCGGAGCGGCAGAAGAAGCUUGAAAGCGCGAGCAGGAAGUUUUUGAAGGGCAGCGACUCCCCGGGCAGUCGGCCCACCACCGCGCGGCGAAAGCCGUCGGGCGAGGACCCGAAGAAGGUCGCCGCGAAGGCGCGGCCGCUGAGCCACGACGACCGCGAGCGCCACCGGCGGCUGCAGGAGAAGGAGGCGCGCCAGGCGAAGGACGCGCAGAUGCGGGCCGCGGCAGCACAUUUCUCCCGACUCUCGAAACAAGACCUCAACGGGACCUGGAAAUGCACCUUCUCAAAAUCUGAACGGCAGAGCCGCAAAGAGGUUCUGAUCCGGCAGCAGGCCGACCGGAAAGCUGCCCGGGAGGCGGAUUUGAGGGCGACCAAACAGCAGUUGCAGCGGCACAAAGAGUCGCUGCGACAGGCCAAGCCCCGAUUAAACAAGGCCGAGCUUAUCCGCCAAUUCAGCUCGCAUUCCCCGGAAGGAACUCGACGCCCCGGAACGGCUCCCGGGCAGCCGGAACUCGAGUUUUCGCUCAAGGGAAACAACCUUCUGAUGACCGGUUCACGGCCCGGCGAUCUCAGCGCGACUUCGCGGAGCGCCGGCGAAACCUCGCCUAAACCCUUGUCGAUGUCGGAAACCCUGAAAGCGUCUCCGUACGGAAAAAGCAUCCGACGGGACACGCAGCGGCGGCCGCUCUCGGCCGGGGGGGGCUUUGUUCGAGGGGCUCGGGGCGACCAAACGCUGGGGCGGACCAGGAAAGUGUCGCCCGAAGAUCUCCCGGUGGAGAUUUUUGUGCGGGGUUACACGGGGCCGGAGAAGGCGGACGUGGGCAGGUCUGGGCGGGGCGCAGAAACGAACGGGGGGGUGGAAAGCAGGGGAACGAAGGGGGGGGGAGGAAAGACAGAGUCUCGAGGGGGGGUGGAAACAGCGGUGAACGGAGGGGGGGGAGACGGGGAACACCACGUGUUGAGCAGCUCCUGGAAGAAAGUGAAGGGGGGCAUGGAUCUGAUCGCAGUCCUGCACACGAUGCAACAUUUCUUGGGGACCCACAAGGGAUCCCUCGCCGAAGAGGAAGAGGCGAGGGAUCCCCCGGGGCCGGCGACGGAGCUCGGUGUAAUCCAGGAAGCGGAGGAAGAGGGCGCGCCGGUUUCGACGAUAAAACAGAGCGGACCGGAAGAAAGUAGCGCGGGUCCGAAAGCGUCCGAAGAGCUGCCGAGCCCGGGGCUCAAAGUCCGGACGAAGGGACACGUGGCAGACGGGGGGAAGGACCGCGUGGCGACCUUGCUGGGCGAAUCUGGCGUGCCCAUGUCGCCGAUGACGCCGAUGAUCGGCGACGGGGCGAGAAGCGCCAUGGGGGCCAAGAUCGAAAAUUUGAGAGCGAUGUGCCGAAAAGAACUGGGAGGGGAGGUGUUUGCAAAAGUGUAUCAGUACUUACGGGACGUUCAGCAGAGCGAGGAAAACUCGUCGCACCACACGCAGACCACGCUCGACUCGCUGCUGAGUCCGGGUCAGCUUCCCCUGGUGCGACACGUGUACAAGUUGGUGAUGUACGAGGACGACUAUGAAACUCAAGGGGAAUCCCUCACGUGAGGUCGGCUGCUUCGAUGCGCCACGUGUAAGGGGCUACUACAGUAUGAACGAUUACCAGAGCGCGGGGUGAAUUCGCAUAGGGAUUGACGAUUCUUAGCUAGUGUGACAAAAGUACUAGAGAGGUUAUUGUGCGGCGAGAAAGCGAGUAGUCUCAUGAUCGGAGCAUCCUCGAAUCAACGAGGAGGGUUCCGUCACAGGAAUUGACUCUGGGCUUUUGCUGGUCUAGGAUUGUACCAUACAUUUCUGAAUUGCUUAUGAGGCAAAGUAGACCCAGCUGCUUUGCGAUCAUCGGACCAUAAGGAUAUGACGUCACUUCUGAAGAUGUCACGUCACCUGAUCAAGGCGGACCCACAGGCUGGAUUAGCUAGACAUAGGCCGGAGACUAAACAAAUAUUGCAAAGCAAUGAGAUCGGUCAGCGAAGGUAGUCCGAAAUGAGAAGCUCAGGCCGUCUAUUAUAGUAUGUGAGAGCAUUGGUGUACGUUACUCUUCGCUCUCAUGCAAUUGUUUAGUCCG